CCCCCUCUGCAGUCCUCUGUUCAGAUCUUAAAUAUUGCAUCGGUCAGCUGUGCUGCAACUACAGCGGAAUCAAUCCCUUCAGCUGCUCACACAAAAUGACUCUUGAGGCAGAGUUUAAGACGAUAGCGGAUAACGUGAAGAAGGUGAAAACGCAACCUACAAAUGACGAGCUGCUCACUCUCUAUGGCCUUUACAAACAGGCCAUAGUUGGAGACAUUAACACCGAAAAACCAGGAAUGCUGGAUCCAACAGGAAAGGCCAAAUGGGAGGCAUGGGAAUCCAGAAAAGGCAUGUCCAAGGAGGACGCCAUGUCCAUGUACAUCACACACGCUAAGGACAUCAUCAGCAAAUAUGGGCUGUAAAAUGUGCAAUACACUGAAAGCACUCCAAUUAAAACGGCUAAAACAAAGCUGUUGUUCGCCUUGACUUCUCAGAGGCCAUAAUACUAACAUGUCAUUUUACAUUUCUUACUUGGACAGGGUUUUUUAUGAACCAGUACAGUGAAUAAAAAAUUCUAUGCACCUCUGUGGUUAAGAUUUGUUAACGCUGAACUUACUGCACUGAUGUAUCUUGAGAUCACAACAAGAGAAACAGAAAACUGUAAAAUGUGAACAAAUAAAUACAUUUCUCUCUUUU